CGGGCUCCAGGGACCCUCCCUCAUUACUAUCGGGACCUUCCCGCCACCAGGUCCGCCGGCCCUGAGCAUCCAGGCCAAGUGUGAUCCCUGCCUCUCCAGCCCAUGCCAGAACCAAGGCACCUGCCACAAGGAUCCGCUGGCCGCCUACCGCUGCAUCUGCCCCAGCAGGUACAAGGGAAAGGACUGCGAGGAGCCCGUGGACAGCUGCUCCAGUAGCCCCUGUGCCAACGGCGGGACCUGCCAGCCCCUGGAGCGGGAGGGAGCCGGGUUCACGUGCCUUUGUGCAGCAGGAUUCGAGGGGCCGACCUGCAGCGCCAUCACAGACGCCUGCCAGGAACAGGACCAGGCCUGUGCCAACGGGGGCACCUGCGUUCCUGGGCUAGGAAACUCCACCUGUCUGUGCCAGCCCCACUACACAGGACGGGCCUGUGAGGAGUUGCUGGAUCUCUGCUCCGACGAGCUCAACCCCUGCCAGCCCCAUGCCCAGUGCGUUGUCACCGCCGAGGGGCCCCGGUGUGAGUGCACCCCCGGCUACGGGGGGGACAACUGCAGCCUGGACGAUGCCUGCCGGGACCACCGCUGCCAGCAUGGCGCCCAGUGCCAGUCCGAGGGGACCGGCUACUCCUGCCUCUGCAGGCAGGGCUACAGCGGGCAGCUGUGUGAGCUGCCGCCUCGUGCCCAGCCUGGUCUCUGCCAGCGGGACGAGUGCCAGAAUGGGGCUGACUGCGUGGAGCUGGGCAGCCGGGCCGUGUGCCGCUGCCCCCCCGGCUUCGGGGGCCCCAAGUGCGAGAAGCUGCUGAGCGUCAACUUUGUGGACCGGGACACGUACCUGCAAUUCACCGACCUGCACAACUGGCCACGGGCCAACAUCACGCUGCAGGUCUACCACCGGCGAGGCAAACGGGAUCCUGCCUGCAGCCCCAUGACCAUGAAUGGCGUCGGCAAGCCCCACACUGCUGAGCAAGCAGAGGCGCCACUCUAUGUGGGAGGCAUGCCGGUGGACGUGAACUCGGCCGCCUUCCGCCUCUGGCAGAUCCUCAACGGCACCAGCUUCCACGGCUGCAUCCGCAACCUCUACAUCAACCACGAGCUGCAGGACUUCACCAAGACCCAGAUGAAGCCGGGGGUGGUGCCAGGCUGCGAGCCCUGCCGCAAGCUGUACUGCCUGCAUGGCCUGUGCCAGCCCGACGCCGCCCACGGCCCCGUCUGCCACUGCGAGCCAGGCUGGGCAGGGCCGCACUGCGACCAGCAGGGCCACAGCCCCUGCCAGGGCCACAAGUGUGUCCAUGGGGACUGCGUGCCCCUCGAUGUGCUCUCCUACAGCUGCCAGUGCCAUGACGGGUACCGUGGCGCCCUGUGCAGCCAGCCGGGGGAGCUCCACAACCCCUGCAAGAGCCUGCCGUGCGUGCACGGGCAUUGCCAGAUCUCGGCCCAGGGGGAGGCCUCCUGCGAGUGCCAGAGCGGCUAUGCCGGCCAGCUGUGCAACCAAGAGUCGGCGUGCCGGGGUGAGCUGGUGCGGGACCACCCCCAAGUGCAGCGAGGCUAUGCCAUCUGCCAGACCACGCGCCCCGUCUCCUGGGUGGAGUGCCGGGGCUCCUGCCAGGGCCAGGGCUGCUGCACGGGGCUGCGCCUGAAGCGGAGGAAGUUCACCUUCGAGUGCAGCGACGGCUCCUCCUUCGUGGAGGAGGUGGAGAAGGCGAGCAAGUGCGGCUGCACCCGGUGCAUGUAGCAGCCGGCGGCGGCAGGCGGCAGAGCCGGGGUCCGCCGAGGAGAACGCCGAGGAGACUGGGGUGGAGCCGCUGGAGGCAACGCCCGUGAGCCGGGACUCUCAAAGCCCAUGUGUCUGCCCGAGCCAGGCCCUGCCCGGCCACCCUGGAGCAGGGGCUGCCACGUGCCACAAGCCACCGCAGAACACCCAUGUAGAUAGGGAGGGUUUUUAAAACUGCAGCUCCCCAAAAGUAUUUAUAGUGGGGUGGCCAUGGGGAGCAGGCCCAGCCCCCACCCUGUGUUUGUGUCUCUGCUUUGUACAGCCCCAGAACCACGCGCUUCCGGCCUGCUGUCAGGGCAGCCGAGGAACCGGGGGCCUGGCCACUGGGUGGGGGUCCAACCCUGCUGCCUUUGCCACACUCGGCUCAGUGAUGUGACGUUGGCUGUAACGGCAGCAGUGUCAGUUCGUAGGCAAUGCAGGAGCCAUGGUGGCCAGAGACCUGGACUCCCCCUGC